AUAGCUUCUCUGUGCGCGCGCCUUCCGAAGUCGACGCAUGGCAUUCCCGAGUUCCAUCUCGAUCUACACGGCAGCCCUUCUCCUCCUCUUGUCAACCUUGGGCGCUUCGGACGACCGUCUCGUCCCAGGCAAGCCCCUCAUGCCCGGCACCAUCAUCGUAUCUGAUGGCGGCGAGUUCGCCUUUGGCUUCUUCGCCCCGUCCAACUCCACUCCGGAGAAGCUCUAUAUUGGCAUAUGGUACAACAACGUCCCCCGGCUCACCGCGGUGUGGGUUGCAAACCGGGCGGCACCGGCCAUCUCCUCCUCCGCCCCUUCACUUGUUCUUACCAACGAUUCUAACCUUGUCUUGUCCGAUGUCAACGGCCGUGUUCUCUGGAAGACCAACACCACGGCCGCUGGAACUGGAAGCUCAUCGCCGUCGCCGAGGACGGCGAACGCUACUGGAUCCGUGGCGGUGCUUUCGAACUCAGGCAACCUCAUCCUACGGUCACCGACUGGCAUCAUGGUGUGGCAGAGCUUUGACCACCCGACUGACACGCUCCUACCUACCAUGAAGAUAUGGAGGAGCUACAAGACGCAUGAAGCCAACAACCUUGUUUCUUGGAAGGACGCCGACGAUCCCUCGUUGGGUACCUUCUCUUUAGCCGGGGAGACAGACCCAUUCAUACAGUGGUUCAUCCGGAACGGUUCGGUUCCAGAAUGGCGCAGUAAUGUGUGGACAGGGUUCACGGUGUCCAGCCAGUUCUUUCAGGCAAAUACCAGCGUUGGGGUAUACCUGACAUUCACAUAUGUUCGCACUGCCGAUGAGAUAUACAUGGUCUUCACUACCUCCGAUGGCGCACCACCCAUUCGGACAGUAAUGAGCUACUCCGGCAAGCUAGAAACAAGUGUCUGGAACAGAAAUUCAUCGGAGUGGACAACGCUUGUAGUCUCGCCGGACUACGAGUGUAGCAGGUACAGCUACUGUGGGCCUUCUGGCUACUGUGACCACUCUGAUGCUACCCCGACCUGCAAGUGCCUUGAGGGGUUCGAGCCUGUGGACAGAGAAGGAUGGAGCAGUGCCAGAUUCUCACGGGGAUGCCGGCGAAAGGAGGCGCUGCGGUGUGGUGAUGGUGAUGGUUUCUUGGCCCUGACGGAUAUGAAGGUGCCCGACAAGUUUGUGCGCGUUGGGAGAAAGACCUUCCAGGAGUGCGCGGCUGAGUGCAGUGGCAACUGCUCCUGUGUGGCAUACGCUUAUGCCAACUUGAAUGCCAGCGCAGCAAACGGCGAUGCGACAAGGUGUCUGCUGUGGAUCGGUGAUCAUCAGCUUGUAGACUCGCAGAAGAUGGGUGUGCUCCUCUAUAGUACUGCUGGUGCCGAUAGUCAGGAGACGCUAUAUCUCCGAGUUGCAGGCAUGCCAGGUAAAAGGACAAAAACAAACACAAUGAGAAUCAUGCUACCAAUUCUAGCAGCUGUUAUUGUUCUCACUUCCAUUUUGCUUAUAUGGGUCUGCAAGUUCAGAGGAAGGGAAAUAAAUCUGGAAAAUCGGACGACGAUUUUCCAUGGAGGUUUUACUUCAGGCGGACUUGGAGAAGAAAAAACUAGCAAUGAUUCUGAACUUCCAUUUCUGAAAUUCCAAGACAUUCUAGUCGCAACAGACAACUUCUCCAAUGUGUUUAUGAUUGGACAGGGAGGUUUCGGGAAAGUUUACAAGGGGACACUUGAAGGUGGUCAAGAGGUUGCUAUCAAACGACUUAGCAGGGACUCGGACCAAGGAACUCAGGAGUUCAGAAACGAAGUUGUUCUGAUUGCCAAGCUGCAGCAUAGAAACUUGGUCAGGCUUCUUGGUUGCUGCAUUGAUGGAGAUGAAAAGCUGUUGAUAUAUGAGUAUCUGCCCAAUAAAAGCUUGGAUGCCAUCAUUUUCAAUUGCGCGAGAAAUGCACCGCUAGAUUGGGCAACAAGGUUCAAGAUAAUCAAAGGAGUUGCAAGGGGGCUUUUGUACCUCCACCAUGAUUCAAGACUGACAAUAAUCCAUAGAGACCUCAAAGCUAGCAAUGUGUUACUAGAUGCAGAGAUGAGGCCCAAGAUAGCCGACUUUGGCAUGGCGAGGAUCUUUGGUGAUAAUCAAGAAAAUGCUAAUACCAAGCGAGUUGUUGGGACAUAUGGCUAUAUGGCUCCUGAGUAUGCAAUGGAGGGCAUCUUCUCUGUGAAGUCUGAUGUCUAUAGUUUUGGCGUUCUACUUCUGGAGAUCGUGAGCGGUAUAAAAAUAAGCUCUGUUGACCGCAUCCCAGGCAUGGAACCUUUGGAUGGAUGGAAACGCGGAAGAUCUGGUAGACAAGUGUAUUGUGGAUACCUGCUUACAAGACGAAGCUUCACUUUGCAUCCACAUGGGGCUUUUGUGUGUGCAGGAAAACCCUGACGACAGGCCAUUCACGUCAUCUGUAGUGUUCAACUUGGAGAGUGGCUGCACAACACUACCGACGCCAAAUCACCCUGCGUAUUUUUCACAGAGGAAUAGUGAUAUAGACCAAAUGAGAGAAUACAGUGAUAGAGGGGAGAUAGAGUGUCUUCAUUGUGUCACAAAAAAUAUUUUGCCUAGGCCAAUGAUGUAAAGAGAUACGUUGUAUUUGUGCUAGCAGUAAUCUACUAAUCUGGGAGUUAAACAGUGUACCGCGAUCUUUUAUCUCCUAGUAC